UUGGUUGUUCCUCCGCAUAAAGUGGCCGAGUUCGAAGAACUGAAACAGCAUCUCGAUUUCGAGAGCCGGCUGAGGAUCGAGAACGUGCAGAAGCUCAUUGACGAAGAAAGUCCCCAAAAGUCUAGGCGCGCAUUCGAUUGGGCAGGCUAUCACACUAUGGAAGAAAUGUACAUCUGGAUCAACGAUCUGGUGACUACGUAUCCGACCAUCCUCUCGGUGGUAUCCAUUGGUCAGUCAUACGAGGGGCGGGAAAUGAUCGCUCUCAAACUGUCCUACAAAACGGGUAAUCCGGGAAUUUUCAUCGAGUCCAACAUACACGCCCGCGAAUGGAUCACCUCGGCUACGGUCACGUGGAUCCUGAACGAGUUUUUGACUUCUGACAAUCCCAAUGUACGCGAGCUGGCGGAGAACUACGAUUGGUAUAUUUUGCCGGUUGUGAAUCCCGACGGGCUCCACUACACCAAGACGGUGAACCGGAUGUGGCGUAAGAAUCGAUAUCCCCACAACGUGCUGUGCUACGGAGUGGAUAUGAACCGUAACUUCCCCGGACACUGGAUGGAGGGAGGAGCAUCAGCCGUUCCAUGCACGGACACUUAUGCUGGGCCGGAACCGGGAUCGGAAAUCGAGACCAAAAACGUCAUGAACUACUUCCUGAGCGUUAAGGACAAUAUUCAUGCUUACUUCGCCUUCCAUUCAUACGGACAGUAUAUUCUGUUUCCGUACGGACACACAAACACCUAUUACUCCGAAAACUACUAUGAUAUGAUGGAAAUGGGAGAAGCGGCAGCUAUCGCUAUCUUCCAAAAAUACAAAACGACAUACGAAGUCGGUACAACGGCUGAUGUACUAUAUAUCAAUUCUGGAUCUUCCCGAGACUGGGUGCAUGGUACGCAAGGUGUACCUAUAGCUGCUACGAUCGAGUUCCGCGACACGGGCUAUCACGGAUUCAUUCUACCACCAGAGCAAAUCAUUCCUAACGCCAUAGAAAUUUUAGACGGCCUGGUGGCAUUUCUGCGUAAGGGUAAAGAAAUUGGAUAUUUCACUGUUUAAGUUCACUUUUUAACCACAGUUCUUCGCAUGAUUGUAAUACUUAAUCGUUAAAAUAUAAAAUGGCACUGGUCGUAUGUUCCGCA